AUGCAGCAGGUCCCUCAGCUGCUGGCCCCGCUCCCUCCCUCCACCGUCAGCAGCUCGGAGGUGCCAAAGGUCUUCUGGAAGCCCUACAUCCACACCGGCUACCGGCCUGUGCAGCAGACCUGGCGCUACUACUUCUCGACACUCUUCCAGCAGCACAACGAGGCCAUCAACGUCUGGACCCAUCUGCUGGCAGCGCUCAUCCUGCUGCUGCGGUUCCAGCAGCUCUCGCAGAGGGUGGAUUUUGGGCAGGACCAGCACGCCCAGCCCCUCCUCAUCAUCAUCGUGGCGUCCAUCACUUACCUGACGUUCAGCACCCUCGCUCACCUUCUGCAGGCCAAAUCCGAGUUCUGGCACUACAGCUUCUUCUUCAUGGACUACGUGGGGGUUGCCAUUUACCAGUACGGCAGCGCUCUGGUGCACUACUACUAUGCCAUCGAGCCGAGCUGGCACGAGAAGAUCAAAGGGUUUUACAUGCCGGCGGCCGUCCUGUUAGCGUGGCUGUCCUGCGCCGGUUCCUGCUACGCUAAAUACCAGUGCCACCAGUCCGCUCACCUCCUGAGCCGGCUCUUCCAGGAGCUGCCCUCGGGCCUGGCGUACGCGCUGGACAUCAGCCCCGUGGUCCAUCGCAUCUUCACCGCGCCGCCCUCCGCGCGGGCUGACCCGGCGCUACUGUAUCACAAAUGCCAGGUGCUGUUUUUCCUCAUUGGUGCCUUUUUUUUCUCACACCCUUACCCCGAGAAGUGGUUCCCUGGGAAAUGUCACUUUUUUGGGCAGAGCCAUCAGAUUUUCCACGUGUUCCUGGUACUCUGCACGCUGGCGCAGAUCGAGGCGGUGGUGUUGGACUAUGAGUCCAGGCGGCAGAUCUACGCUGCUCUUCAGGGGGAUUUGGCGCACAACUUCUCUGCCCUGUGCCUCUUCACUGUCACCUGCUCUGUGCUCACAGCUGCGUACAUGGCCCGGAAGGUGAAGAACAAGCUGAGAUUCAAAGAAGAGUAA